AUGUCGACAAUGCCUGCGCAGCACGGCCACAACGAGGCCUGCUGCAACAUCCCACCCGUCAUCUCCAAGGGCUACGAUGCCAAGGGCUCCUACGAACAGGUCAACGACAUCAAGACGUACACCACAGGUCCCUCCGACGCCAAGAAGGGCAUCCUCUUCAUCUACGACAUCUUUGGCUACUUCCCCCAGUCCCUCCAGGGCGCCGACAUUCUCGCGACGAGCGGCGACCAGAAGCACCGCGUCCUCAUCCCCGACUGGUUCGGCGGCAACCCCUGCCCCAUCGAGUGGUACCCCCCCGACACGGAGGAGAAGCAGAAGAACCUUGGCGCCUUCUUCGGCAAGUACCCGCCGCCCAAGAUUGCCGGCCUCGUGCCGGGCUACGUCAAGGCCGCCAGGGACAAGUACCCCGAGAUCACCGACUGGGCCAUCAUUGGCUACUGCUGGGGUGGCAAGGUUGCGACGCUCGUCACCUCGGGCGACGAGAACCCCUUCAAGGCCGCCGCCUCCAUCCACCCCGCCAUGGUCGACCCCGAGGACGCCAAGGGCGUCAAGGUGCCCUUCAUCCUGCUCGCCUCCAAGGAGGAGCCCGACGAGGCCGUCGGCAAGUUUGAGGAGGCCCUGCAGGUGACCAAGCACGUCGAGACCUUCAAGGACCAGAUCCACGGCUGGAUGGCCGCCCGCGCCGACCUCGAGGAUGAGCGCGUCAAGGAGGAGUAUGCCAGGGGCUACAAGACGGUUGUCGAGUUCUUCAGCAAGAACCUGUGA